AGGAGGUUUGAGGAUGAAGACAACGCCUCCUCAGGAGAACUACUUAAAGCCGUAACACAUCAAACUAAAACUCAGUUGUAUCCCUCCGUCAACAUGUAUCUCCUGGCGCUGAUGUUCGGGAUUCUGCUUCUACCUGAAGCCUCCACCCUGAGAUGUUACGUGUGUAUACCGAAUGCCUCGGGAACGUGCACGCAAACAAGCCAGGAAUGCCGACAGAGUCUACAGUGUGCUGCAAUGAGACUCGUUUCAUACGCAGGUGGUUCAAUAGUUCAGGUUGAAAACUCAAAAGGAUGUGCUGUGGCUGAAGACUGUGGAGAGUACUCGGUCAACUUUGGAAUCGCCCAAACCAAAGUUAACAUGAAGUGUUGUACCACUGCACUCUGCAACACCGAGCUGGCCCCAGAACCCAGCAAAUCCAAACCAAACGGUAAAAAGUGCUACUACUGCGAUGGACGAACAUGCACCAACAUCCUAAACUGUGAGGGGAAUGAGGACAACUGCAUCUCAGCAACAGAGACCCAAGGAGCAGUAAGUGUGACCAUGAAGGGCUGUGUAUCCAAGCAGCUGUGCACCACGAGGGAUCAAUCCUGGGCCCGAAAACUCACAUACAGCUGCUGUAAGGGGAACUUAUGCAACGGCGCCAGCAGCCGCAGCGCUGGCCUGGUGCUGCUGGCCGCCCCGCUGCUCUCUUUGCUCGUGACCUCUUAUUAACUCCUGGAGAUGCUGUAACUAGGCCUGCACAAUAUGAGGAAAAUAUGUAAUUGCGAUUAUUUUUGACUGAUAUUGCGAUGCGAUAUGAUUCACGAUAUUGGAGUGAAUGAUCAUUUUUGUAUC